AUGAGUAAAAGACUUCCACAGAGAGAUGCUCAUGGGUUCAAAGUGAAGAAAGUUGUUUUGGAUUCUCAUAGGAAAAUUGAAGGAAACGGUGUGAGUAUUUUUGAGGAAGAAAGCCAAGGUGCUUCUUAUAUCAAGGAUUAUGUGCAUGGGUUAAGACGAGUAACACCGUAUUAUUUUACAUUUUUGACUCAUUGUAAAGAAAGAUGGCAAGAUCGCAAAUUGAUCGAAGUUUUCAAAUCCGAGUUCAGAAUGAAACCGUUUUCAUAUUACUACAAUGCUAUUGCAAAUGGUGAAGUGAAGCUAAACGAUCAAGUCGCCAAUGUCGAUUCAGUACUCAGAAACGGUGAUCUAAUAAGCCAUAGGAUUCACCGUCAUGAACCUCCAGUUACUUUGGAUGAAAUAGAGAUUGCAUACGAAGAUGAUGAAAUUACGGUGAUUAAUAAACCAAGUGGGAUACCUGUUCAUCCCACUGGAAGGUACAGACACAACUCCAUAACCAUGAUAAUGAAGCAAGAAAUGGGAACAAUCGCUCAUACUUGUAAUCGUCUGGAUAGAUUAACAAGUGGAAUCAUGUUUCUGGGGAAAACAGCCAUGAAAACAGCCAAGAUGGUUCAGCAGAUAAAGGAACGUAAUGUUGGGAAAGUGUACAUCGCAAAGUGCAAAGGCAAAUUUCCUCUGGGGUUGCAAGUUGUUGACAAGCCCCUUUUGACCAUUGACCCAAGGUUGACAUUCAAUUUAGUAGAUUUAGAAGAUGGGAAGGAGGCCAAGACGUUGUUUCGACGUAUCUCAUACGACACUAAAGACAAUACUAGCAUUGUUAAGUGUAUGCCCUUGACAGGUAGGACGCAUCAGAUCAGAGUUCAUCUGCAAUUUAUUGGAUAUCCUAUUGCUAAUGACCCGGUGUAUUCAUCACCAUAUGUAUGGGGGCUCACUUUGGGAAAGGGCUUUCUGCAUAAAGAGAACCCAGGUUAUCUUAAGGAAGUGAGUGAAAGGAGUGAGAAGAUCGGAAAAACUAAACAGAGUACGUCCUGGUAUUAUCCCGAAGAAUCUGGUGAGCUUUUAUUAGAAGAAGGAUGUGAAGUUUGUGGAUCAGAACUCUAUAGUGAUCCAGGCGUGAAUGAUCUCAUACUAUGGUUGCAUGCAUACCGUUAUUACUCGCAUGAACAGUCUUGGGAUUACAGCACCAAAAUGCCUAAAUGGAGUAUUGAAGGUCAUCACAGAGAAAUGAUGAAACUAGCUAUUGAAGAGGCAAAAAAAUGCGACCACACAGAAACUGCGUUUAAUGUGGGAUGUAUCAUUACGGAUGAGAAUGGGGAGAUAAUUAGUAGGGGGUACAGUAGAGAGUUCGAGGGAAACACUCACGCUGAACAAUGUGCGUUGAUGAAGUUGGAUUACAAGUUGCCUCCUGGUUCCAUUCUCUAUACGACUAUGGAGCCAUGUUCCGAAAGAUUGAGCGGUAAUAAGCCAUGCGUGAAUCGAAUUAUUGAUCUCAAGGGAGAAGUCAUUACCGUUUUUGUGGGUGUUGUAGAGCCCAAGAAGUUUAUUGCGGACAAUACAGGAAAGAGACAACUGGAGGAUGCUGGGGUGAACUAUUUGCAUAUUGAUGGGUAUGAAGAUGAAAUACUGGCAUUAGCUACUAGAUAG